GUAAAAGCAGUUCAGCUCGGUUAUAUCCUCGUCCUCGCCCUCUGGAUUCUCUCCGGCCGACGACCACCGCAGUCUGGUCACAACAACGGUCUGUCACACCGCCUCUCAGAUUAAGGUUUGCUAAAAGUAACGGAAAAAAUGAGGAGAUUUCUAAAAAGGAAAGCAUCUUCUUCGUCCGGUAGUGGCGAUAUCGAAGAAUCUUCAACUGGAAAUGUUUCUGAUUAUAUAUCCCAGCCUAGUCCUAUUUCUUCGAUACCUUUCGAAGUUGAUUUGAGUGAUCUUCCAUGGGAUCCAGCCGAUAGGAAAAGAAUUUCAGAGUAUCAUCCUAAUCAAAGAGACGAAGUUAGGAGGCGGUAUUUGAUGCGAGGGCCUUUUCAACCGCGUGGUUAUAGUUUCCCAAAGAGAAUGAUUGGGAAUAAGGAGAGACGUUUUUGCCCGGCUUGGUUUUAUAAGUAUAGUAAUUGGCUAGAGUAUAGUGUGAAAGUGGAUAGGGCGUUUUGUUUGUGUUGUUAUGUGUUUAGAGAUCAACAUGGGAAACAAGGUGGGAGUGAUUCGUUUGUGACCGAAGGGUUUAAUGGUUGGAAUAAAACGGAGAGACUUGGGAGUCAUGUCGGUGAUGUUGGUAGCUUUCAUAAUAGAGCACUUAGGAAAUGUGAAGAUUUGAUGAGACAAAAUCAGUCUAUUGUCGUUGCAUUUAAUAAGCAAAGUGACGGUGCGAGGAUUGGGGAGAAUGCCAGGUAUCAAAUGGUGGGUCCGAGUGUUCAACAAGAUAUUUCCCAUGAGGAGUUUGACGAGCAAGAUGAUCUUAAUUGCUUAUCACAAGAAACAUUCAAGCCGGUAUUUGAGGAAAUUGGUGAUGAUGUUUUUGGCUUGUUAGUCGAUGAAUCCAGGGACAUAUCUAAAAAGGGACAAAUAGUUGUGGUUUUACGAUAUGUUGAUACCAGUGGAAUAGUUAGAGAGAGAUUUGCCGGUCUUGCUCAUGUUAUGGAGAAAUCUGCCCAAUCUCUUAAAUCUGUUAUUGAAGCUUUGCUUGCUGAUAAUGGAUUAAGUUUGAAACGUAUCAGAAGUCAAGGUUAUAAUGGAGCAACCAAUAUGCGGGGUGAGUUCAGUGGAUUGAAAGCUUUAAUCAUGAGAGAAAAUAGCUCAGCACAUUAUGUACAUUGUUUUGCUCACCAACUUGAGUUAGUUGUUGUGCAAGUUGCAAAAGAACACUUUGGCAUCGGAAACUUCUUUGACAUGUUAUCUGUUUUGAUGAAUGUGCUUUGUGCUUCUUGCAAAAAAGAUAUUGUACAAGAAAGUAACAAAGAGAAAGUACGGGAGGUAAUUAGCUGUAAAAUUGAAAAUGGAGAUGGCUUAAAUGAAGAGCUUUCUAUUAUAAGGACUGGAACACCACAUUCGGGUCAUCAUUACAGAACACUUUUGCAUUUGGUUGAUUUGUUUCCAUCUGUUGUUGAUGUGCUUGAGUAUUAUGAAAAGGAAGGUGAUAAUAGUUUGAGCCAACGUCAAGCAAAUGGUCUUCAUAUUUAUUUCAAAUCAUUUGCUUUUGUAUUCUAUUUGCACUUGAUGCUGCACAUUUUAGGUCUCACAGAUUUAUUGUCACAAUCUCUUCUAAGAAAAGAUCAAGAUAUCUUGAAUACUAUUUCAUUGGUAAAAUCAACUAAACGACUAUUGGAAAAGUUUAAAGUUGAUGGAUUUGAUUCACUUUUGAUAAAGAUAUCUUCUUUUUGUGAAAAGCAUGAUAUAGAAAUGUUAAACUUGAAAGAAGACUAUAUUAAUCCAAAAAACCGAAGACAAAAGACGAACAUCACCCAUGGGCACUAUUACGAGUUUGAUUGUUUUUACGUUGUCGUGGAUAGGCAAAUUCGAGAGUUUGGUGAUCGUUUUAGUGAGACAAGUUCUGAACUCCUUACCUGUAUGUCUGCUUUGAGUCCAUGCGAUUCAUUUCGUGAGUUUGACAGAUCAAAGUUGUUGAGGUUGAGCGAAUUGUAUCCAGGCGAUUUUAGUUCUGUGGAAAGGAUGACUCUUGAACAUCAACUUGACCUCUACAUUGACAAUGUGAAAGAAGAUGAAAGAUUUGCUAACUUGAAUGGUAUCGCCGACCUUUCUAGAGUGAUGGUGGAAACAAGGAAACAUCUUUCUCAUCCUUUGGUCUAUCGACUAUUGAAGCUAGCAUUGGUUUUGCCAAUUGCAAACGCAAUACUGGAGAACUGAUUUUCUUCGAUGAAGCUACUCAAGUCAGAUCUGCAGAAUUGUACAAACUCUUGCCAUAUUUUCUAUCUUAGAAAUAAGGAGCAUACCAAUGUUACAGUUUUAAGAUGUAAUUAAUCGCUUUUACAAGCUGAGAACUUGUAAAGAAUAAUAGUAGAAUGUAAUAUGCAUUUAAUUUAAUGGCAUUGUAUGUUUUAAGUAA